ACAAGUAAAAUACCCGAGAGAAACUGGUUCGGGUCAAAAACCUGUUCAAACAAGCAAGUGCAGUGAGUGAAGCCUCGCACACAGCAACCUGGUUAUCUCCAUAAUUCAUAAACCCUAAUACCCUUCCCAACUUCGCCGCCGUCUUCCGUCGCACUCCCUCGAGUUACUUCUCACUUUCGUCUUCUUCAACCUCCGAUAUUUGCUCUCUAUUCUGAAACAGUACUAUUCAAGAUUUCGCCGGUGAAAAAACUAAUACAGAAUGGCGAAGAAAGGAGGAGGAAGCAAAAGUUAUCAGAAGAAGAAAGACGCUACAACAACUUCCCGACGCGACCGUUAUAACUUUUCCGCUGAAGACAUGGACGACGAGAUUGAUAUCUUCCAUAAGCAGAGGGAUAUUGUUCCACUUGACAUUAAUGCUGAUUCUGCUGAAUCAGAUGAAGAUGAUGAAAUGCCUAUUUUCAAUGAUAAGGAUAUUGAUAAUGAUGAAACUGAUGAAGACGGUGACGAGGAGGAAGACGAUGAUGAUGAGGAUGAUGAAUAUGAUGGCAAGGAGAAGGGCUUUAUUGGACAAUUAAUUAGGCAACAGAAAUAUUUAAAGUCGUUGCAUGGCGGAGAUGAAGACGGAAUGCAAGAUGAAGAAGAUGAUGAAGGUAUUAAGAAAACUAUCGUUGGAAGAAAGCACCGACAUGGUGCUGAUAAUCGUAAUUUUGAGCUACAAUCAAGUGAUGACGAGGCCCUAAAGGAAGAGGAAGAAAUUGCGAGGGAAGAACAAAGGGAGAAAGCAAAACUCUUAACAGAGGAAGAUUUUGACCUUGUGGAAGACGAAGAUAAUGAGAAAUUAACUUUUAAGGAUGCAUCGGAUAAUGUAACUUCCAAUGUUGAGGAUCUGAGUGCUUUGUCAAAGGAGGAGCAAAUGAACGUUCUGUAUAGGUCUGCCCCAGAACUAGUUGAUUGGUUGUCAGAAUUAAACGAGGCACACAAACAGCUUGAAUUCAAAAUUAACCCAUUUUUAAGCAAGGUUAAAAAGGGGGAAAUAGUUAUGGAAGGAGGAGUGCGUUAUUUUGAGUUGAAGCAGCUUAUUUUGCUGUCCUAUUGCCAAGCUAUAACCUUCUACCUUCUGCUCAAGUCCGAAGGGCAGUCAGUCGAUCAUCAUCCUGUAAUAGGUCGCCUUGAAGAGAUCAAGGAAUUAAUGAAUCAGACAAAACAACUUGACUCUGAACUUCCAGUCGAACUUGAGGACAUUCUUAAAGCAAGUAGCGUGUUUGCAACAGUUGUAAAAUCAGAUAAUGAGAAUGCUCCAAUGCCAACUGAUUCUAUCGCUAUAAGCGAAGAACAGCCUCUGGUCUCUGCUGAAUCACCAGAAGAAGCAGUGGUAGUGAUCACUAAGGAUGGUGCAAAAAAAGGAAGAAAAGUAAAAGAUCAGAAGGAUCACAUUGGUGUGCAGAGUUCGGAAAUGUUAAAAGUUAGAGCUUCCCUUGAGGAAAAAUUGAAACAAAAGGGUUUGUACAGUCAAAUUGCUCCAAAGCCUAGUAAUUCUCAAAAGCGUUCGAGACCAGCUAAUGGCCAGCUUGCAACGUAUGAUGAUUUUGAUGAUGCUGUGGUUGUUAACGGGCCAGCUGGGCUGUCUAAUGGUCUUGUCUCCAGUAAAGUUUCACCGUUUGUUAAUGCUAAUCUGAAGAAACUCAAGGUGGCUUCUGGUGAUGAUGAUUUGCCUAAGAGAGACGCUAUUGGUGAACGACGGGAAAGACAUGAGAAGCGGGUGAUGGCUGGUGCUGGAGUUACGAUUGAGGAUGAUAAUGAUGAUGAUGAUCAAAUGGAUGAUCUUGUAUCUCAUGAAGUUGGUGAAGAGGACAUUGAAAGUGGGGGUGACUCAGAAAAUGAAUUUUACAAACAAGUUGAAAAAUUGCAAGCUGCAAAACGCGCUGCAAAGGCUGUGACCUACUCAACCUCUUCAAGGAAAUCAGCUGUCCCCUCUUUGCCAGAGGAGACUGCGGACGGAAAGCGCUAUAUCACUUCUCAGAUGUCAAAGAACAGAGGACUAACUCGUAGUCGCAACAAGGAUAAGAAGAAUCCUAGAAAGAACUACAAGCUCAAGCAUCAAAAAGCCGUUAAGAAUCGCAAGGGACAGGUUCAGAGUAUCAGAAGGCCAAAUGCACCUUAUAGCGGGGAAUCCACUGGAAUUAAUGCAACUAUCAGUCGAAGUAUCAGAUUCAGGAGUUGAUAUUGUUAAUACGCCUUACAUUACAAUAUUGCUCUAUUAAUCCACCAAUUUUGAACCUCAUCACUUGCUUAGAUGGGCGUGUAACUUGUAUAAUUAUUGAUUGGAAACUUCACAUCUUUGGCAUAUUAAAUUUUUGAUCAAGUAUUAUAGAGUGUUAUAUUGUACUUUUCUAAUUUUGAAAUGGCAUGAGAUUCGAGUA